CGCUUUCUGCAUGUAAAAUGUGUGUGUGUUCUUUAGAAGCCAGCGGUUGGCUGGUUUUCCGGACAUGAUGUGGUUGAAGCUGUCAUCGUAAUGGAAAUUCACUGCUGUAGCUAUGGUAAAUCGAGUGUUCUGCCUGUACUGAAUGCAUUAGUCUAAUGAGAUGUUUGCAGCGGCGGCGAGCUGGGCUGCUGGCGACUAGCUGUGAGGCAGGCGUAGCACACGGGUGGAAGAUAGCUUGUGCCAUACUCGCAGUGUGUGUGCAGGAAGUCACCUGUCUUCUAAGCCACCACUCCAGACCUCAGCAAGCAACACCCUGGUCAGGGCUCUGUGACCAAGCUGUAGCAUAGUUUUGGGAAGGAAGAUUUUGGAAACCUGCAUUCCCCCUCCCCCAUUUCCAAAGUAUCUGGACCUGUUAUUGAAGGACCUCUCUUGCCUGCGUGUGGUUUGCCUUCUCACGCAGUAAGACUGGCACCAGCAGAGAUGCAGACACAGAGGGUGCCAGGGAGGAAACGUGGCCGGCCUCCACUUCACUCCACACGGGUGCAGAUGGCCGUCCAUAACCUCUAUUCUGCUUCUGCUGCCUCUGUGCCAGCAGUGACAAUCCCAAAGAAGAGAGGACGGAAGCCCAGGUACAAGAUCAAGUCUCCAGUGCUCAUGACUCCCUUGGCCCUGUCACCUCCACGGAGUACCCCGGAACCCGAUCUCAGCUCCAUCCCUCAGGAUGCAGCCACCAUUCCCAGCCUGGUGGUCCCAGAGGCUCUCACAGUAUGCCUCUACAUAAACAAACAGGCCGAUGUGGGGCCGUACCUGGAGAGGAGGAAGCUACAGCAGCUUCCGGAGCGCCUGGGACCUGAGCGGCCCGCCACCGUCCUGCAGCAGGCGGUGCAAGCAUGCAUCGAUUGUGCGCACCAGCCUCGGCUGGUCUUCUCCCUCGUCAAGCAGGGAUACCGAGGCGAGCUGGUGUCAGUCUCUGCUUCCUUCGAUGGAAAGCAGCACUUGAGGAGUCUGCCUGUGGUGAACAGUGUGGGCUAUGUCCUCCGUUUCCUGACCAAACUGUGCCGCAGCCUCCUGUGUGACAACCUCUUCAGCCACCUGCCUUUUCCCGGGAGCAUCGGCGCCUCUGACAAGGCGCAGGAGAGAGAGGAUGGGAGGACUGAGUCAGCCAAGGUAGCCACGGCUGAAGAGUGUCUGGCAAACGCAGUGGGCAUGAACCGCUACGCCAUGGACUUUAGCCACAGGGGCUCCGUAACCCACUCUUCCUCACUGUACAAGAGGCUGACCUGCGGAGACAGCCACCUUGCCGGAGGCCCCGCCACCACCACCAGUGGUUCCCGCACCAACCCUGUUCCCUCUGGAGGUUCGUCGUCACCUGGACUGAGGCUGCCAGCCUCCAGCCCCAAGAGGAAUGGAACAGCCAUCGAAGGAAACAGAUGUGCCCCGAGCCCCUCUCCGGAGGUGCAGGAUACCAGGCGACCAAGCAGCAGAAACCCUUCUACCUGGACCGUGGAGGACGUGGUCCGGUUUGUGAAAGAUGCUGAUCCCGAGGCUCUGGGACCUCAUGUGGAGCUCUUCAGAAAGCACGAGAUUGAUGGCAAUGCCUUGUUGUUGCUGAGGAGCGACAUGAUCAUGAAGUACCUGGGACUGAAGCUGGGACCCGCACUGAAACUCUGCUAUCACAUUGACAAGCUAAAGCAAGCUAAAUUCUAAAGAGUUGGAAACAAAGCCCCACAUCUCCAGGUUACUUCUGCCAGACCAGCAUCCGGCCAACAUCAUGAGUAGACUGUCCUCUUAAACGUCGCAGCCACAACGACUGUGUCUUCUUAUAGAACGUGUGCAUCCUUGCCUUUUCUAAUAUUCCUAGUGGCCCCUUUCAGACACUCAACCGUGUGCUAGACUUGUCAGAAAAAUCACAAAAAGGCUAUUACAGUGUUCCUGACGUGCUGGUCACUCUUUACGGGUGCUAUUUGUGCCGCGACAGAGUGGAUAACUGAAUGCUGUCACACAAGGAGAGCCCUGGAGGGGGCUCACAAAGUCCCUGCAGGGGCUGUGGGGACGCCCCCAGUGGCGGUGGCAACUGCUCCCUGUUCUUGGGACCGAUCAGCAUGAGUUUCCCUGGACUCAGCCCUGGAAGUUGUCUUCUGAUGACCACCUCGCCUUGCACUAUCUGGAAAACUUGAAUUUUUGUUGCUGUUUUUUUGUCCGUUUGUUUGUUUUUGUUUUUGUUUUCCGCUCUCGAAGAGAAAAGGGAAAGGAUGUUUUGGAGCCCUAGCUACUGAAGUCCUUCCUUGCUCCACUAGAGGGCAGACUGCUAACGAGGUUUCGGGAUGCACAGACUGCGUGGCCGGGGUAGGGUUUUUAUAAGCAAGACCUCGCUUGCACAGGGACAGGGAAUGAAGUCCACAUUGAGCACCCCAGAUUGCCACUUGGGAAGAAAUCAGGCUCUGUCAGGCGGGGUCCAGCUCAUAUCCAUUACUUACUGACUUACUCGGUACAAAUUCCGAAGCAGCCAUCUGCCUAAACAAAGACUGGUGUCCCUUCUCUCCCAGAGUCUCACUGAGGCUCUGAUAUGACGGCAUGCUGAAGAAUCUUGGUGACAUUUAGCUAUGGGUAUUUCUUGAAAAAAAGGCGGGGGGCGGGAACUGUCUCGACAAAGUUUGAAAUAGGACAUACUGAUUUCUAGUUUCAUGGCUGCGUUCUUAGCUGUGUGUCUGUGGCUAAUUUUUCUAGUCUUCAACAAAUACGCAGACGUGUUUUUAUUGGGUUUAAUUCAAUUUACAAAUAGGUUUUUACUCUUCACUGUGAAGUAAUGGGAAAAAAUUGAUUUUCUACCCUUUGCAGCUGUGUCCAGAGAGGGGGGUGGAGCCAGGGUUUCCUAGGCAGAAGGGUGACCUCUUUACUGCCUAUUCUUUAUGGAAUCCCUCCCCCUUUGUUUAUUCUCGAUGAAUAGAGAACUCAUGGGCACAGCCUUUUCCUUAAAGGCACAUCUGGGGAAGGUGAGGGUCAAGGAUAACCUAGGGUCUCCCUUGACAAUAGUAUGAAUUUUAGAAAGGCACCUUCCCUCAGGCUGCAGUCUGAGCAAGAUCUCAGCUGGCAAGUGUAGCCAGACGUCCUGGACUGUAACAAGAUAAAUGCGGUCUCUCAGAUGGAUCUACCUAUUGUACCAAUCAGGUAGAAUUUAGGUAAAGAGCACAGGACAUACUCCAUGCUGUGCUAUAAGGGCCCACUUUGAUGUUCCCUGUUUGUGGGAGUGUGACAUGACCCUGCAAGAUCUUUGUUACAUAUACACGGGUGGUUGGACUUAAGUAAGACAGAGAAGGAGAAAAUUGUCCCAGAGCUUCCCACUGAAUGGAACUUGAUCAGGCUGUGGAUGAGCCGGAUGUCUGUUAUUGCUAGCAUGAGGCAGAAAUGACCUUGAAUUAGACCUUGGAGAGACUCUUUAAGAUGAUAAAGCAAUGAGCGGACUCUGCCUAGAAGAAGAUUUUUAACUCUGGGUGCUCGCUGCUGCUCUGAAGUUAGAUCCUUGUCUCAGAAAGCAUCAGGCAGUUCCCACAUACAGAACUGCUUGUGUGAAAGCUUUGAGAUUAGACCGGUCACUUCACACAAACGUUUGCCCUUCCCUGGAGGUUCACGGUGCCUCUUCCAGGGACACGGGCUCCUUAGUGAGUGGUGGUAUUAAGCUUGCCAAAUGUCCUGCCUAAACUUACCCAUGUCUCACUGGUGCCCCAAGUUAAAACAAGGCCAAACAAGUCAGGGGAGGCCUCUAAUAAUUUUUGAAGGAGAGCUAGAACCCAGUUCAAGUCUGUGGAGGAACGGAGCUGUGUCCCCAGACAUGAUGUCUUAUUUCACACGAAGCCUUAAAUUAGCUCAAUUGUAGAAUUCCAGAUAUUUAAGGUUUGGCCAAACAAAACAAAAUAAAACAAAACACCAAGAAGCAAUCUCAUUAGUCUUGGAAUGAGGGGCUGCCACAUCACAGAAGGCCCAGCGGAACCAAUUCUUCUUGCCUGUUUUUUCAUAGAAUCUAAUUAGUUGACCAAAUCAGCAUUGCAAUACUGCAAGUAUAAUUAAUUUUCAUCCCUCUCAAAAAUCUUGUCAAACAGCGCAGCUAAAUAGCUUCUCAAAUGUAAAACAUGCAAGGCCACUUCCUCUAAACAGACCUUCCAGGGUCAGACCGUAAGGGUUACCCUGGCCCAGAUGAGCAGGACUUGAACUCACACCUGAUAGUUCACAGGCUUGCUCUUCCAGCUGCACAGCAUUGCUUCAGCUUGGAGUGGAUAAUGAUCACAUUUUGCAUAAUUCCAAAUUAAAGAGUGUGGGUGCUCAUGUUCCAAACAUUUCCAAUUACAUUUGUCUGUUAAACACUUGGGGGAGGGAGGUUUCAAGAGAGUUCUGUUGCCUAAAGCAUUUUAAAUGUUUUAUGAAACACAUUAUUCCCUUUGUGAAGAUUUUAGAUAAAAGAUGUGGCCUGUGUGUAUGAGUCUGUGUGUGUAUUUGUGUAUCUCUCUCUGUGUGUCUGUCUGUGCCUCUGUGUGUGUAUGUGUCUGUUUAUGGGGCUGGAGAGAUGACUCAGCAGUUAAGAGCACUGACUGCCCUUCCGAAGGUCCUGAGUUCAAAUCCCAGCAACCACACCGUGACUCACAACCCUCUGUAAUGGGAUCCUAUGCCCUCUUCUGGUGUGUUUGAAAACAGCCUACAGUGUGUUUGAAAACAGCUACAGUGUACCCAAAUAUAAUAAAUAAAUCUUAAGG